UAUGAUUACGUUUGACAUUUCUUUUCAGUUUUCAGAUUUGAAUUUUGGCGUGCGUUGUACGGUGUCCGUUAUAAAUGUUAAAGUGAAAUAAUAUUAAAACUUAUAUAAAAAUGGAGUUUUCGAAACAAGAAAAUGUUUCUCGCCAGUCGUCCAUACUCAAACUUCCAAAACAACGUCAACCUUUGCAAUGUGUAGCCACCAAUUCUUCUUCCUCCGAAAAUUCUCCAACUGUAAAAAUUAAAAGAAGAGUUAGUUUUGCUAAAAAUCGACGUAUUAGAGAAUUUUGUAACGAAGCUGAACCAGAAAGUGUUUGGGAUGAUACCUACGAAGAACAUGAUUUGAGCAGUACAAAAAGUAAUUGUAGUAAUACCAAUGAACAUCCAGUGAUCAUUAGCGUACCUUGUGAUGAUAAAGAAAACUUUCCAGUGCAAUUAUUUUUACAAAAUAAUCAGCUUGAAUGCAAAGAAAUCCAAAUGGUUAAUCAGAAUAAACAAGAUUAUUUGUUACAGGAUCAUGUAGAAAUUAAUAGAACGAUUAAUAAUAUUGAUCCAAAAAUUACAGAUAUUCAAAACAAAGAUAAAAAUGCUCUUUCUACAAUAUUUUAUAAUGAUGUUAUGGACAUAACAACAAAUAUAUCAGUAAAUAUGCACUGCCGUAAUCAAGUGGCUAGUUCAUUAGGUGACACAGUUCUGGUUUCGCAAACUUGCACCCAAGGUACUUCUGUAAAAAUAAUAGAAGAUGUUCCCUUAAUGUCUGAUAUUGGCCAAAAAAUAAAAUUAGAUAUUAAUACUGAAAAAUCUUGUCAAGAUAAAGAAAAUUUGUCCAAUAGUAUCCAAACGAAAUUCACGUCAACUCUUCCAAGCUCCGCUUGGAUAAAGUCUAAUAGACAACAUAAAAUUGUUGAUGAAAGUGAAACUAUUAAUAAAACAGUAAAAGUUACUAGAGAUAUGUACAAUAAUACUUUUGAUAAUCAAAUUAUUAACAAAACUAUCGAUUUAUCAAAAGACAUAAAAAACUUUUCUAACAAAUUGAUAGAAAGAAUAAAUAUUGUGCACGAUAAAUUGAACGAACAUAAAGCAAUGCAAGAGCAAACUAAAGUUUCCUCUGAAAAAUCAAUGGAAAUCACAGAAGCGGUUCCCAAUUGUAAUACAAAUCAUCAGACUAAUACUAAGAUAGAAAAAUUAUUCUGUGAAGUAUUACAAGAUAAUGUUAAGAAUUCAUCUAAUCAAUCUAUAAAUAUUCCUAUAGCAGGCUCCGUUUAUAAUAGGAAUUACCAACUUGGUGCUGGUACAAAUCAAGUAGUAUGCGAAGAAAUGAAAAAAACACCAAAAAUACUUUCCAAUAUUUCAAUGGAAAUAAUUAAAAAUGUUCCUACUUAUGAGACGAAUUACCAGUCUGGUACUGAUGUAAAAAAUAUAUCACAUAAAAUGAUAGAUGAUCAAACAAAAAUAUCUACCGAUAAAGCUAUUAAUGUAAAAGAAACAGUUUUCCUUGGUAGUCAAAAUGAUGAAACUACGAAGCUGUUUCUAUUUGUAAUGAAAGUUAUCAAUCUUCAACUAAGAAUGAAAAGGUACAUGAUGUAA